UAUAUAAAUAGGACGUAUAACAUUCGUUAGUAAAACGUAAUAGUAAAAACUAACAGAAAUGUCAAGAAAACAGUACCAUGUAUUUUCGGUUCAGUGUUGUUUGAACUAAACUAAAUAUUUCGACUCAAUAACACUUAUUUUCAAGAAAGGAUGGAACUUGCUCGAAAUUUUGUUACUAACAAAUUGAAAUCUUGCCUCCUUAAAUUACCGAAAAAGUAUUAUUUGUCUCACGUAAGACAUAUCAGGUUAGCAGAGGUUGGGAAAUUAGAAAGGCCAAAAUUAGAAGGGAAAUAUGAAACUGGUCAAUUAAUUUUACACAGAGUGUUUGGGUACCGUGGUAUAAUAUUAUUUCCAUGGGUAGCAAGAGUUUAUGAUAGAGAUAUUCCAAAUAAAAGAGAAGAAAAUCCAAAUGGAAACUUUAACAGUGUUGAAAAGGAAGUCAAAGGUAGAAGUCAUACAUUCUACCAGGUAUUAAUUGAUCAAAGAGAUUGCCCUUAUAUACGUGCCCAAACAGAAGCUGUAACAUUUUUGGGUAACCAUGAGACUAGUCGUAGUUUAUUUGCGAUACCAGGAUUAGACUACGUUGCCCAUGAUGAUGUUUUACCUUACACUACAAAUGAGAAUCCUGCGUUGCAACACGAGCUUGUUGAUAAAUUUUUAAUAUACCAGCCUAAUCGAGAUCCGUGUUUUAUCGCUCAAGAAACUCUUAAAGCUUGGCAAAAAAAGAAUCGUCCAUGGUUGGAGUUAUCAGAUGUACAUAAAGAGACUACCGAAAAUAUUCGUGUCACUGUUAUACCAUUUUAUAUGGGUUGCAGAGGAAGUCAAACUACAGCUGUACACUGGUGGCGAUACUGCAUUCGUUUGGAAAAUUUGGGAGAUUUGAACGUACAAUUACGUGAAAGGCACUGGAGAAUAUUUAGCCUUUCUGGCACAUUGGAAACUGUUAGAGGAAGAGGCGUGGUUGGCCAAGAACCCAUUUUAUCAACAGUUUUACCUGCUUUUCAAUAUAGCAGUCACGUGAGCUUGCAAGCUGCAAGUGGCCAUAUGUGGGGUACGUUCAGAAUGGAAAGAGAGGAUGGAUAUGCGUUUGAUUGUAGAAUUCCGCCGUUUUCUUUGGAGUCAAAAAUGGAAGAACCAUCUACACCGAACGUAGAUUCAUAAUAAAACAAUAAAUUUAUAACAUCAAACGUAAACUUAAUACAAUUUUUUAAUUUAUUGAAAAUUCAUCAACGAUUAGUCUUAAAAUUACGUAUGUAGUAAUAUUUAUAAUAUAGGCUGUAAUAUUUGAGUAUAAAUUCUAUGAGUGGAUUUAACUAAGAUACUUAGAUUUCUUAUAAUUAUUAGAUGUACUUCAAACGAAGAUAGUUAUAGGCAUUCAAAUACAGU